AUGCAGGCCAUCAGACAGGAGCUUGGAGGACUCCAGAUUUCAGGAGACAAUGAGCCGUCUUAUGCCCUCUUAGAUCGAGCUUGCCAAUUGCGCGAACAAAACACCGUCAAGUUCUUGGAGCCAGCAACCUGCGCUUCCCAGAACCAAGAAAUUCAAGGAGGCGCCAAAUCCAAGGAGCUGGCAUUUGAAGGAGGGGCUUUAGUGGUUCUUGCAAAAGAUGACAAGACUCAGGCUCCCACUGACUCAGUGAUGAAAUUGCACCAGGAUACGUCAAGCCGUCGCUACAGUAAUGCAGUGCGACAAAGCUGCCUGGACCCGGUUGGGUGGGCUAAGCUCCAUCGUUUGAAGCUGGCCGUCAUGGGGCGACCGGGUGCGUUGGCCAAGGGCGGGGCAGCCAUGGCUAGCCCUCUUGCGCUGGGCCGCGAUUUGCCUCCAGUGCGUUGUACCAUCCUGCAGUUCUUCUGCUUCACUGGUUGUGUGAUCCUGGUCACAUGCAUGAGCUUGUUCCUUUGGCUGUUUGUUGGGCCCCAGCAUCAGUUGGAGCUAAAUGCAGUUGAGCAAAAUGGCUUGGAAACCUCGUUAUCCUCAUCAGAGUUUCAUGUGCUGCCUUCACCACAUCAUGGCAACUAUGGUACCCAGUUCGGUUAUGAUCUUGACUCUGCUUCAGAUAUGGUUGGACGCGCUUCGAACCGGGACUGGACGUUUGUUGGUGAAGAUGGACUUGCCGGUAAUGCAAUUUCUCAUGUUGAAGAUGAGGACUUCGAGGAGUGUAGCAGGUCGGAGCCAGUCUUGUCUGCAAGCCAAUUUCAAACGAGUUUCUCUCGUGAUUUGUUGAUGAACUGCACUGCUACUUCAUCGAUUGUUAUGCCUUGGGAGCGAGGGGUCUUUCGUCAGAUCUUUAGCGAUGAAGCCAUUGAAGUUUCGGUGCCUCAGAUGCCUCUGGAUGACUUUGACUUUGGGACUCAUCUUGACAUGGAACCCCGAGAGCUUGGUGAAGUGGUUGCAUCUGCUGCGAGCUUCAGUCAUGAUCUACCGGUCUUCAUGAGUGUCAUUUCUCAUACAGAUGAUGUUGACCAUUCAGAGAAGCUCUCCAUGCAACGUGAACGUGCUCUAUCCAAGUUGCUUGUGGUGAUUGAGUUUGCAUUGGAUGCCAGUUCAACUGGUAGGUUUGCCCGCUAUGUGCUUGGGUUCGAGACGUUGGAUCCUGCUAUGAACAGUCGACGUUUGGCUGGCUUGUGCGAGCUGAUGGCAGCUGGGAAGAGGAAUCCUCUGAGUGAAGGCGAAGAUGAUGAGCUCUCUUCUGAAGAUGAACCACCGCCUCAGUGCACACACCGGGUCAAACGGUUCCGUCCCAAGAUUCCUUCUAGCGAGGUUUGGUAUGCCCAUAAGAAAUCGAAAAUCCUUCACAAGAAAGAUGAGGAGACGUCCUUGUUUUGGGGCCGCACCUAUUUGAUGUGUGGCAAGCUGCUGAAGGAUUCGUAUGAGUUGUGCUCAGAAUCGAGCGCAAUGAACGCACUUUGCAAAGUGUGCGUGCAGAGGUUAGAGCAGACACGUGUGCCACAAGCUCAGCGCAGGGCCUUGAAAGCUUCUGGCAUCCGCACCUUCGAAGCCAGCCUCGUCAUCAGCAGUGCCCCAGCAUCAGCCGCAUUGAUUGCCGAGCAAAGUGAGUCGCAGGAGGAUCUGUCAAGCCGUGCUGGCUUACAAGACUUUACCGCUUUGCCAAACUACUUAUCCAAGGAAUGGUGGCAGAAAUUAGAAUCUCGUGCCGCUGGAGUUUAUAAACUUGAGCUCUUGACCAAUUUUGCUGCCACUUUGGGUCUGAAGAAUCCAACGGAGGCGUCCUAUGGCGCUUUGGUGGCAUUGUCUUUCUAUGCGGACAAUGCUGAGGUGUGGCCAGAAUCGGACCAGGUGAAGCUCCUGAGGGCACAUAAGGAGCGCAUGCGUCGUUGGUUGAAUAAGGCAGCAGCUACCAGUGUCCGUUUGGAAAUUUUGCCCGAGAAUCCAGAGGAGAUUCCAGUUUCUUUGUUUGCUUCUGUGUUUCCUACGGGAUUGACUCCAGGUUCCCCGGAAAUCAUGGACAAAGCAAGGUUGCGGCGGGUCAUCGCUGAUUUCCGUUUGAGGGCACCUGAGGAAGGGAUGUCUUCCAUGCCAGCGAUGCCGGCAAGUGGUCAAAUCGAUCCUGCUGCUUUGGUGCAUGCUGCAGCCACCCUAGUGGCGCGUGUGCAGACACAAUCUCGACAGAACGAGGUUGACAUACCAGGCUUUCGCAUGUUGGAGCAUCGGGAAGCACAGGUGACCAUGGCAGCGCCUGCAGCGUUGGCUUUGGAAGACAGCAAGCCUGUUGCUGCUGCCUCGCAGCCCAUUGCAGAGGCAGAGAAUCGGCAGGAAGCACUGAGCGAGACCUGCGGGCCUCAAGCUGCAAGCGCCGCUUUGCGGGAUGAGUUGAACAAUAAAGGGAAGGGGCGGCUGGAAAAAAUGUGGAGGCCUGCGGCUGUUGUGAAAAAGAUUUUGAAGCGUCCCGCUGCUGUUGCGGCAUCGUCCUCUGCGGGAGGCAUGUCGGAGGGGGGAUACAAUGAUCGCAGGGACGCCUUGUUGAAGAAGAUCCCAAAGGAUGUCUUGCAGCGAUGUAAAGGUGGUGAUCGCACAUCUGCGGGAUGUGCUCUCCUCACCUGCGUGGUGAGGGCAAGCACCUGCGUGGUGCUUGCAACGGAUCACCUGCGAGGUGAUCGCACAUCUGCGGGAUGUGCUCUCCUCACCUGCGUGGUGAGGGCAAGCAUCUGCGUGGUGCUUGCAACGGAUCACCUGCGAGGUGAUCGCACAUCUGCGUCGCCGUUCAGUCCGAUGGAGAAGCGCCAAUCCUCCUCCGAGGAGGAGGUGUCUGCAGACCUUCUGGCUGCAGAGGAAGAAGAAAAGGAACCCGAGGGAAAGAAUGACCGCAAGGCGCGCUUAGUGCCAAAGAAAGGCAGUCAGGAACGCGGACGCGCCGAGCGGCGUCGCUCACGAUCCCGUCGGUCGCGCUCCCGUGACCGAAGGGACCGCUCAGACAGGCGCGGAUCGCAGGCUCCGCCGAGUCCUGCGGGACCACCGCCACCGAAACCGGGGGAGAAGUCUCCGCAGAAGCAGAGGGCGCACGCUGACACAGGCAAAGGUGGCGGAAAAAACCUCAAAGGAGGUCCAAAGAAGCAGGUCUGCAAGAUCUGCGGCUCACGCGUCGCGGGGACUUCAUCCGCUCUGGAUCAGCAUCAGUGGCUGUCCGAAUACUGCUUGGCUUGGCAAGCCUACGAGCGGAUGACCCCUUACCAGAGAGACCAGCAGGGAUCGUGGGAGAAAGCCAAGAAGAUCGGACAGGAUGUGAAGAGCAAUCGUGUGCAGCUGGAUGCCACGUCUGCGGGACGUUCUGCACAGACGAUGACCGGCAUUGUGCCAGAGAGGGCUGUGAGUGUCGCGUCUUCCCAUCGUGAGCGUCCUCCGUCACUUCCGCGUGAAGUGUCGGUGCCUCGCAAGGGUCACGGACGACGCAAGGACGCUCGGUCCUCCUCCAGCAGCGGCCGUGCCGCCAAGAAGGAAAGACUGCGGGUCUUUCGUGAUUGCCUCAAAGCAACCACGACCACUCCUGAAGUUCUUCCGGAGGGUGAUGACCGUUGGAUGGAUGGUUGGAGAAUUGUGGAGGAACUGUUGGAUCAAGCUGAAGGCAUGGCGCACUCGGAAGGACAGCUGGAAGCUGCGAAAUGUAUUGAAAGAUGCAAUCGCAUAAUUGAGAAAGUCAUGUCUGAGGACAUGGCUGUCCUUCCCGAUGUCUGUUGUCUCUGGACUCGGAACACAGACUGGGAUGGGCACUGGCCACGCUUCGUGGAAAGGGUCGGGGCAUAUCACCUGCGCCAGGUGGAAGUAGCGAUCCCAGCUUUGGAGCAGCUGCGGCUGCGCUGGCAGGAGGAGACUGAAAACAGUCUCCCAGAAGCCUCGUGGUUGUACCAGGCUGAGUGCCAGCUAGAAAAGAUGAGGGAGACUUUGCUGGCGUUGGUGUCUGGCGUCAUGGCGGACCUUCGCAUGUGUCGCUUGUGCGGCCUGGAGCACGCUUCUGCUGCGGGCAGGAUGCAUGGUCGCUCCUUCACUUGCACUGGUUGCUGGGCAGCUAAAGCGAUGCUGCGGCGCAACCUGGGGGAAAGGACUGAAUUGAAAGAUUUCAGUCCGGCCGAGACGCACUCCUUCUUUCGCGGCAUUGCGAAGGAAAAGGAGAAGCAGGGAGGUCGCAUUCAGUGGGUCACCGUGCGGGCAACACUUGUGAGAUCCCUGACAGAUCGCAGGAUCUCAAGUUUUCGUGCCACGUGCACCCAAAAGGAGUUGCCUCUCUCGGUCUGGGUUAACCAAGGCUGGGAUGCGACCCUUGUCGAAGCGUGUCCUAAUCGGUUUUCCGAGGAACUGAAUACGCAAGUCUAUGCUGUCCCCGUGCGGGAAUUGUCGUGGGGCGAAGAGUAUGCGAAAAUUGAGGAGCAACUCCUGCGACAUGAGAGAGAUGGACAGAAAAAAAAAGGUGGAAAAAAGAAAAAGGAUGACGUUGCCAACGCAGAUGUAUCAACCGAUGGAGAAUUGGAUUUGCCUUCUGCGGAAGGCAGCGUGUCGGACAAGAAAGGAAAGCCGGAGGUGGACCGCAAGAAGUUGUUGGCUAAGAACGUUGCGUUAGCUGACAAAGCAGCUAAGGCCUUGGGUCCCUUGCAGAGCACGGCCACAGGUUUCUCCAAGUUGCUGGAACGAGUGCAAAAAAGCGGCUGUGAGAUUCCGGAGGGAAUCACAAAGUCGAAAGAAGAUUGCAUGGCCAAGCUCGAGACCUGGGCGACGGCAGCUCGUGAGUGCAUCAACAUGCAUGAGUCGACCCGCGAGCUUUGGAAGGAUGCAGGUGGCGACCUGAUGCCGUUGACGGCGUUGCCGUUCGAAGGCAAUGAUGUAAAGUUGCUGCUAAAACAAGCAACGGAAGUGCAGAGCGCAUUGCGUUCCCUGCUGCCCAAAAAGGAGGCAAAGGCGAAGGCGGAGCCCAAGGCCAAUGCUGCGGCGAAAGCAUCGCCCAAGAAGAGGGCAGCUCGCAGCCAGGACGCUGAGGGCGGUGAGAAGCGCCGCAAAACUGGCAAGAGCCCCGCCUGA